AUGUUACCACAAAUGAUUGAAACAGGUAAACAAGAAGGAAUUCAAUUUUCAUUUGGUGGAAAAGUUGGUUCAACAUUUGAUUCACAUCGUCUUCUUUAUUAUGCUAAACAACAAGAAAAUGGAGAAAAAAAACAAAAUGAUUUAAUUAAUAUUUUAUUUCGAGCUUAUUUUGAACAAGAACAAGAUUUAUCGGAUCAUCAAGUUUUAAUUCGUGCUGCUGAACUAGUUGGAUUUAAUCCAAAUGAAAUUAAACAAUUUCUUCAAUCAGAUAAAUAUAAAAAAGAAGUUCGAGAAGAAAUUAAUCAAAGUCAAGAACAUGGAAUUUCUGGUGUUCCACAUUUUCGUAUUAAUGAUAAAAUUGAACUUAGUGGAGCACAAGAUCCACAACAAUUUAUUCAAGCUUUUAAAAAAGCUGGUGUUAAUGUUUAA